AUUCUCUCUGUCGUAACACUCUGCCUAUUUUCUAGGUGGCCCUCAGCUAGACGCCGCGACGAUUUUACCUGUCAUGUGGAUUUCGGGCAGACAUUAACCCAAAGGUGCUCAGAACAAGCCAAGUUAAGGCAAUCCAACCUCCUCCUCACAACACAAUGUACAACGAAGCACAGACGACGUCGUCGCUGGACUAUAAGAAGGUGCGCUUAAAAGGACGCCCUUCAUAUCUUAAAUCCCCUAGAGAUUUAAGCCGCAUCCACAAUCCCAACUUCAUCUCUGUAUACCUGCAAGUCAUCCUAAUACUCACCGGACUAAUCAGUUUAGUUGCCUCAAAUCGCCCGCCGCGUUUCGCAAUCGACGGGCAGUCAGAGAUUGUACUGCGUUUGAAGGAGAGUCCUGAAACGAAAGUGGGAACUCUUAUAUAUACCCUAAAGGGCUUCGAUCCCGACAACGAUCCCUUGACCUUUGGUAAGCGUAAUUCCCACGACAGCGAGAUUAUUCGAAUAGAGAACACUGGUGGCAAUGAGGCCAAGGUCUUUUUGGCCAAGGAGCUAGACCGAGAGCUGCAGGACGAGUAUGCCAUUGUGCUGACCCUAACCGACAGUCAAUACAGUGAUCCCAACUAUGUGACGCAGAGCUUCCUGCUCUUGGUGGAGGACAUCAACGAUAAUGUACCCACUUUCCUGCCCUAUCAGAAUGCCAUAGAAAUCCCUGAGGGCAAUGCUCCGGGAGUGGUCAGUACUUUAGAGGCUACGGACGCGGACGAAGGAGCCUACGGCCAGGUGGUGUACUAUCUCCAAGAGCUGGAUGGCGACAACGAUGUAUUCUCCAUAGCCACACACCAGGGCAAGGGCAUCCUCAAGCUGGAAAGGGAACUGGAUUACGAGCGGAAGAGUCUAUAUCAGCUAAGAGUUCUGGCCAUUGAUCGAGCGAAUCAGGGACCGGUGAACACAGGCACCGCUGCCAUUCUGGUGAAGGUCAAGGAUCUGGAGGAUCAGCCCCCAGAGUUUGUGGAAGUGCAGGCCGUGGCUAGAAUUGCUGAGGAUGCCCCGGUGGGCACUAAAGUGCUGCGUGUGCGGGCCAUCGAUGGAGAUCGUGGUAUCAACAAUCCCAUAGCUUAUGCUCUGGAGGCUAAUGAUCUCUUCGAUAUAAACCCCCAUACUGGAAUAGUGCACACACUAACCAAACUAGAUCGCGAGGAGCAGAGCGACCAGGUUAAUGGUGCCCACAUCCUGCGAAUCACUGCCACCGAGUUAUCCAAGUCUAAUACCCAAGUCGCUCCGAUGACAGUUCGCACUGAAGUGACGGUCAUUGUGAGCGACGUGAAUGAUGAGAUCCCAACCUUUGGGGAGAACGUAUAUCGCUGUGAGGUCAAUGAGAAUGCCCAGACCAAUACUCCUCUAAACUUCAUAGAUGAGGAUGUGCAAAAUGUGGUUUUUGAUCAUGACGAGGGCAACAAUGGCACCUUUCGACUGUUUCUGGAUCCACCCAAUGAUCUCUUCGAGAUUGUGCCAGAACUGGCGGUCAACGAAGCCAACUUUAUGCUGAGGGUAAAGAAUUCCAAGUCCUUGGACUUUGAACAAUUUACAGAGGUCAAUUUUACGAUAUUCGCCAGAGAGAUCGAUGAGCCCAGUCGUUGGAGUUCCGCUCAUGUACAAAUAUUUAUUCGUGAUCAGAACGAUAACUUUCCAGAGUUUAGUCAAGCUAUAUACAAUGCAAGUGUUUUGGAGAACAGCGAUCAGGGCACGAUCAUCACCCAGGUGCAGGCAGUGGAUGUGGAUUCCGGGGAUUAUGGCACCAUGGGUAUACGUUAUACCAAUCUCCGAGGGGGCAUUGCACACUUACUCCAUCUCAAUCCAAUUACUGGUGUAAUAACCAUCAGACAGGCAGGAGGAGCUGCCUUCGAUCGCGAGAUUAUUUCUCGACACUACCUCACUGUGGAGGCCAUUGAUAGCGCUGGACAGGGCAACCGAAAUACAGCCCAGAUUAUCAUAGAUAUCCUGGAUGUCAAUGAUAAUGCACCCACCUUUCCUCAGAGACAAUACGAAACGAAGCUGCUGGAGAACCAAGCCGAAUUCGAGACUCCACUGCAACUGGAGGCAAGGGAUGCAGAUCUCAAUGGCACUGAGAACAGCCAGGUUACCUACGAGAUAGUGGAGGGCAUGUACCGCUCCAACUUUACCAUAGAUCCGCAGAGCGGUCUCCUGCGUCCCGUACAUCGUUUCGAUUUCGAGGAGUUGGUGGAACGAAGCAAUGGAAGGCGUGAUCCACAGGCGGGAGGAUCUCCCAGUAUUCGAGAGAUUGAUCUGCUAGUGCGAGCUCGUGAUUCAGGAAUUCCCAUGCUCUCCACUGUGGUUCCUGUGCUAAUUUACAUCCAGGAUGUGAACGACAAUGCACCGAUCUUCCAGCGCAGCUUCUACGCGAAAACAGUGCCCGAGGAUCUGCCAGGCGGGAGCUCGGUGCUCCAGGUCACGGCCAUAGAUCGCGAUGGAUCCUCACCCAACAACGCAGUGGUCUAUCGAAUUCAGACGGGUGCAAGUGAUAAAUUCAUCAUUAACUCGGAAACGGGCGUCAUUUCCGUGGCUCAGGGUGCAAAUCUAGAUCCUGACCUUACGGACAGCAGGCGAUCGCUGUACACUAUGACAGUGCUCGCUUUAGACGGCGGUUUGGGCAACUCCCAGCUGAUGACCACCUGUACGGUGAACAUCAGUAUUCAGGAUGUGAACAACAAGGCUCCAGUGCUGGGUGAAAUGCCAGCCUUAAAGAUUGUGGAGAACACACCCGUGGGCACUAUGGUUUACCACAUCCAAGCGUCGGACUUGGAUCAGAAAGCCAUCCUUCGGUACAAACUUAACCCAGAGCACAGCGAAGGUCGCACUGAGGAGGGAGCACUUGUCAAGAGCGGCGAGUAUGACUUCCUGGGAGCCUUUGAGGUGGAUCCAAUUGAAGGCUCUCUCAAGGUUGUAAAGCUUCUUGAUCGGGAACGGGUGGAACACAUUAAACUGGCCAUUACUGUGGAGGAUCUGGCGGCGGCCAAGGGCAGGCAGCUGGUUGAAGGCUUCCUUAGCAUCCAAGUGCUUGAUGAGAAUGACAACAAUCCCAAGUUCCGGCAGCCCUUCUAUAGACAAACCAUUACGGAGAACAGCAUCAACGGAGCAAUGAUUGUAAAUGUUCUGGCCUCCGAUGUGGACAAGAAUCGUACCAUAACCUAUGCUCUGGAGGGCAAUCCCACCUAUAGAUCGAUGAUGCACUUGGAUUCCCAGACUGGGGAGAUUGUGGUGGCCAGCAAGAUCGAUCACGAGCAGCACCAAUGGCUGAACUUCAGUGUGAGGGCCACAGACUCUGGAAUGCCCCCCAGAUCCUCAUUGGUGGAUGUCUAUGUAACCGUCCUAGAUGAGAAUGACAACAAUCCCUACUUUGUGGGUGGCAGCAAAAACUACACGAUCAGCGAGAAUGCCACUCCAGGAACUAGAGUCGCUACCUUACAGGCAGCGGAUGCGGACUCUGGGGACUUUGGAAAGAUCACCUUCCUGAUGGAUCGCAUCAGUUCGCAGGGAAAGUUCACCAUAGAUGCAGACACUGGAGUCCUCACGGUGGCUGAUCGCCUGGACAGGGAGUCGAAGGACUCGUAUAACCUAGUGAUCGAGGCAUGGGACAACUAUCAGUUUGGGUUCCUGGCCGGCGAGAGUCGGAAUGCCUUCAAACAGGUGUUCAUUUCCAUCUUGGAUGAGAACGACAAUUCCCCGGAGGUGAGCCUGCCCAGGAGUUGUGUCCUUAUCACGGAGUACCACGAGUUGCACGAACGGGUGGCCAGCAUAGCUGGAAAGGAUGCUGAUGAUCCAGCCACUCCAAACGGAAGGCUAGACUUUGCCAUCACCCAGGGAAAUAAAGAGGGCAUGUUUGAACUACGGCAGGUGGACCCUUGGAAUGCCCAAAUCUUUGCUAGCAAAAGCCUGCGCAAUAAAUUUGGCAACUAUAGCUUAACCAUAACCACUAGAGAUUUGGGCCUACCGACAAACAUUGUGCACAGCACUCUGGACAUUUGUGUCUCGGACUUUAAUGAUCAUGCUCCUGUUUUUGUGAGACCUUUACAUAAUACCACUGUGAGGAUUCCAGAGAAUGCCACUGUGGGAACUCUGAUAUUACAGGCCUAUGCCAGUGAUGCGGAUAUGGGGCAAAAUGCUUUGGUGAGAUAUCGCCUAAAACCUGAUCCUUUGGGUAGCUACAAGGUGUUCGAAGUGAAUGCCAAUACGGGAGAACUCUACCUCAAAGAGCCUCUAAACCGGGAAAGGCAAAAGAUACAUGAGAUUCGCAUAGAGGCCUACGAUCAAGGUUUGCCCACCUCACUGAGCUCCGACUUGGACCUAACCAUCUAUGUGCGCAACGUCAAUGAUUAUGAGCCGCAGUUUAUAGUCAACGAGAUAGCCGUAAACUUCACAGAGCACUCAGAUCCCGGGGCUGAGAGGAUUAAGCUGCCUGAUACUGUGGACAAGGACCAGUUGGAUCUGGACGAUCCAAAUGAGUCGCCCAGCCAGGUGUGUUACUUCAUAGUUAGCGGAAAUGAAGCAGGAUACUUCCGGCUUGAUCCGGAAACACAUAUCCUAACCGUUGAUCGGGAACUGGACCGCGAGGUGGUGGCCAACUUUACACUCUAUGUGAGGGCCACCGAGAGCUGUGGGAAUGAGUCCCUUUCUGGUGGAGGAAAACGCCGCCGGAUGGGCAUUGAGAUUAAUAAUAGACUGGGAGGCUUCUUGCACAAUCAGCAGCAGAAUGGCUACGAUCGCUAUAAGCACUCCCGGCAACUAAGAGAGGCAUCCAGCAGAGAAGAGUAUGAGGUGGAGGAUGGAGAAGCAGAUAGCGAAUUGGUGUCCUAUGAGAACUACGAGGGCAGUCAAGAGGUAGGAUCACCCCCAUCGUUCCAACACAACCCAGAAGCAGAUAGCACUAUAGUAAAGGUCAAGGUACGAGUGCUGGACAUCAAUGAUAAUCCGCCGCGUUUCCGAUCCAAAAUCUUUACUGGUGGCAUCACGACCAAUGCUGACUUUGGUUUGAAAUUUAUGCGUGUUGAGGCCACGGAUGCGGAUGAGGGACAGAAUGGGAAAAUUGGCUACUACCAGGUGGGUGAUAUUCGGCAGACUCUAUCCGAAGGACUGGAGAAUGUCCGCAAAGCCCCAUUCCUGCUCGAUUCGGAAACAGGAGAGGUUCAGCUGAACUUUGAUCCGCAGAAGGGAAUGAAGGGAUACUUUGAUUUCAUGGUUUUGGCCAACGAUACCUUGGGCAUGAGGGAUGUGGCCCAUGUGUUCAUUUACCUACUGAGAGAGGACCAGAAGGUGCGCUUUGUCUUCCGCCUGCAGCCAGAUGAACUGCGUUCCCGUGUGGACACAUUCAGAGACACCCUGGGAAACAUCACUGAAUCAAUAGUCAACAUCGAUGAGAUUAAAGUGCACGAGAAUAAAGAUGGUUCGGUGGACAAAACCAAGACGGAUUUGUAUAUGCAUCUAGUCGAGCGCGAGGACAACUCCAUUUACGAGGUCUCCGAAGUGCUCAAGCUGAUUGACUCGCACAUCGAAAGCCUGGACGGACUGUUCAAGGACCUCAAUGUCCUGGACACUCAGCCAGCGGAGGCUCAGCUCCUGACCGCCGGUCCUACCCGGGGUCCACUAUUCGUAUGGCUGGUGUUUACCAAUCUUUUUUUGGCCACUCUACUGGUGGUGACGCUGGCACUGUGUGCUUCCCAGCGGAAUGGUUAUCGUAGGCAACUAAGGGCCGCCAAAGUCAACAUAUUCCGUGGUCAUUCCUCAAUGUCUUUGCAACACACCCAAGAAACCGCCACUCGUGUGCCAAAUACCAACAAGCAUAGUGUCCAAGGAUCAAAUCCUAUCUGGCUCAAGGGUUACGAGAAUGAAUGGUUUAAAGCCGAAGAGGGCAGCACUGGCGGCCCUGACUCUUUGGAUGAUAACUUCCUGGCGGUGGUGGCCACCCAGGAUAUGCACGAAACUCUCAAGGGAACUGCCAAGCUCUUCAACAAUAGCAACGACCUAAAUCGCCACUUUAAUCUGUACAAUCAAAUCGAUAAGCUCACAAAUAAUGCUCAGAUCCUGGCUCGAAAACUGGAGACCACGGAAUUAUAGCACAAACAGUCCACAUUAUUUAUAACAACUAGACUAGGGUUAGUUUAGGUUUAGAGUUCGUAAGACCCAUUUGUAAAUAAAUCGAAGUGU